UCUUUCUUUCUUUCUUUCUUCCCAACCUGCGUCAUGGCUGAUGUUUCUGUUUUUUGUGUUUUUAGUACUUGGGAGGGACAAAAGUAUACACGCACGAAAUUUCCUUUUCUUACAAAAAUGAGACUGUAGAAACAUUUAACUAAUACUUUUUGUCACAGAUGUCCUUUGCCACAUAAGAUGUUUACUGCAAAGAGUCUUGACUUUAAUAUUUAAAUUCUCCAACACAUUUUCAUGUGUGACUUUUUUUUUUUUGAUCAUACGUGGUUCAAUUUUAAUUAUUAGGAUUUCCUUGCUUAUAGUCAACCUCUACUUUUUUUUUUUUUUUUUUCGAACACGUCUUUAAUUAUCAGAAUCACAUUGAUAUUAAAUUUAAUCCGUUAGAAAUAGUCUAAGUUUAAUAUUUAAGUUCUCUAACAAUAAAGUCUAUUCACCAAGGGCCUUGUGGCCUAGUCGUAUUAUUUGUAUAUCCUCUACCUCCCAAAAUCAGAACAUGUGUGAGUGGUAUAUGUGAAUUUCUUCUCAAUGAAAAUAAAUAAAUAAAUAAAAUUCCAUUCCAUUGUACUCUUAGUGUUCCUUUUUGCCAUUUGACUUUAGUAUUUAAAUUCUCUAACACUCUCAUGUGUGGCGUUCUUUUUGACCGGUUCAAUUUUUAAUUAUUAGGAUGUCUUUGCUCGUAGCCUUCAUUUUUUUUUUUUUUUAAACACAUAAUUCUGAUAACGGUAAAAUCAAGUUCAAGCUGUUAGAAAUAGUCUAAGUUUAAUAUUUAAAUUCUCUAACAAUAAAGUCCAUUCCAUUGUAGUGUUCCUUUUGGAGAGGUACAAUUGAAGAGACUUGUGCUUAUUGUUACUCUACCUUAUGUGCAGCGAUUGACUUGGUUGGCCUUGAAAGUUGCCGGGGCACCGCGAACACGACACACAAAGGUUUCCAAAUGGAAGAGACCUAUUCUGGUAGAGGAGCCCAAAAUGGAAAAUGACAGAGAUAAAGUCAAUGUAAUGUUGCUGGUGGCAACGCUUGUUGCCACAGUAACCUUCACUGCUGGUUUCACAAUCCCAGGUGGUUACAACAAUUCUGACAAUUCUGACUCCCGGCAAGGCUUGGCAACCAUGCUAGCAAAAGUGACAUUUCAGGAAUUUGUGAUCUGCGACACAAUAGCUAUGUACAGUUCGAUCACUGUCGCUGUGACACUCUUGUGGGCACAAUUGGGGAACCUCAUUUCGAUGCAAAUCGCCUUAAAAUUGGCAUUGCCACUGCUGGGGAUAGCACUUGCUACGAUGUCCGUAGCAUUCAUGGCUGGUGUGUAUCUAGCGGUGAGCAAACUCGGUUGGCUAGCCCAUGUGGUUUUGCUCAUGGGGACUACCUUCAUCUUCGUGCUCGUGACACUCUUCGUUCCACUCUGUUGCUUAGGCUCAUCCAAGUACCAAAUCUUCCGUUGCAUCUCUUAUUAUCAGUUCUGUUUCAUGUUAUAUGCCUUCAGCUACUACACCGACCACAAUGUGGAAGGCUAAGUUCUACAAAUAUUACCGUGUCCUGUGAAUAUAUAAUGUUAUAUAACUAGUUAUUGAAUAAGUGUCUUGACUAAUGGUAGUUGGUCAAGUGAUAUGUGAUUAGGUUCACAGACUUCAGCUUGAAGUCUGCGAGAUAAAGAAUUCCUUAGGGAGUAAGUGGCGACUAUUGUUUGUAUAUAUAUAGUCUGUAAUAUACCCGGGGAAAGAAUAUUGUUAUAU